GUCCUGGCAGGGCCGCCAUUUUUGCAAAGGGAAAAGAGACUGGUUUGAGGGGAUCUAAUUUCUAAAAAGUCGCCGUUGACUAGGGCACAUUUUUUAACGGUUUUCGCGUAGAUUUGUUGUUAAAUCGCAGCUCCCGCUAAGCAGCAAGAGCACACGUGGCUCAGACGAGAUCAUUCUUUAGAGGACACGUUUAUUUACAAACAUUUAAAAACGCUUCGCUACGGAUCCGCAGUGUGGACAGAAGUAUUGUUUUGGUUGUGGAAGCUGUGUGGAAAGCGACGGGGGUCUUACCCAGGUCCCCUUAUUCGCUAUUUAGACCCUCCAGAGUGGACAUAAAACGGCCUUGUGGAUGCACUUAGAUGUCUGCAAUGACUGCUGUGGCUGGCAUGCCUCAGUGUUUUGGACUCCCAUUCUCUGGACUCAGUAGGACAAGAACUGAUCAGCAGAGAACGUCAUGAGCAUAGUCAUCCCAGUAGGGGUGGACACAGCAGACACCUCAUACCUGGACAUGGCUGCGGGCUCAGACAGACCAGAAUCGGUGGAGGCCAGCCCUGUGGUGGUGGAAAAGUCCAGCUACCCACACCAGAUCUACAGCAGCAGCUCUCACCAUUCCCACAGUUACAUUGGCCUGCCUUACGCUGACCAUAACUAUGGGGCGCGGCCCCCACCUACACCGCCAGCCUCCCCUCCCCCCUCCAUGUUGAUAAGACAAGGAGAGGGAGGGCUGUUUGUUCCAGGGGGUCAGGACGAAGCAUCCAGGGGCACCACGCUAAGCACAUCAGAGGAUGGCAGCUACGGGGCUGACAUCACCCGCUGCAUCUGUGGCUUCACCCACGAUGACGGCUACAUGAUCUGCUGUGACAAGUGCAGUGCCUGGCAGCAUAUAGACUGCAUGGGCAUCGACAGGCAGAACAUUCCUGAGACAUACCUGUGUGAGCGCUGCCAACCACGACACCUGGACAGAGAGAGGGCCAUCCUGCUGCAGACCAGGAAACGGGAAUGUUUGUCUGAUGGGGAUACAAGUGCUACAGAGAGUGGAGAUGAAGUGCCGCUAGAGCUCUACUCCACCUUCCAACACACGCCUACCACCAUCACCCUGACGACCGGACGCCUUGGCAAUAAGCAGGCUGAUAAAAAACGCAAAAAGAGUGGUGAUAAAGAACCUCCAGCAGCUUCUGCUCGAGCUAAGAAGGCUUUCCGAGAGGGGUCCAGAAAGUCCUCCAGAGUAAAGGGUACAGCUCCCGAGCAGGACCCAGCAGAGCACCCGUCUCUUUGGGAGAACAAGAUCAAGACGUGGAUGGAGCGCUACGAGGAGGCCAGCAGCAAUCAGUACAGCGAAGACGUCCAGGUCCUGUUACGCGUUAAAGAGCAAGGCGACGGCAAGAGCCUGGCGUACAACACGCACCCUGCUUCCUUCAAACCCCCUGUGGAGAGUCAAGUUCAGAAAAACAAGAAGAUCUUGAAGGCGGUGCGAGACUUGGCCCCAGACUCCCUCAUCAUUGAGUACAGGGGAAAGUUCAUGCUUCGACAGCAGUUUGAGGCCAACGGUUACUUCUUCAAGAGGCCGUACCCAUUUGUGUUGUUUUACUCAAAGUUCGACGGCCUGGAGAUGUGUGUGGACGCUCGCAGUUUUGGGAACGAGGCACGCUUCAUCCGUCGCUCAUGCACCCCCAAUUCAGAGGUGCGGCACGUCAUUGAGGAUGGAAUGCUGCAUUUGUACAUCUACUCCCUGAGACCGAUCACAAAGGGCACAGAGAUCACCAUCGGUUUUGAUUUCGAUUAUGGCAGCUGUAAAUACAAGGUGGACUGUGCCUGCGUGAAGGGGAACCCUGAGUGCCCGGUGCUCAAGCACAAUCUUGAGCCCACAGAGAACCUCGGCUCAGGAGGCCGGCGCCGAGGGAGUCGUAAGGACAAGGAGGUGGUGCGCGACGACCUGGGCCAGAAUCAGAACAUGGGUCUGGACUGCGAGGGGAAAGGCAAGAGUGUAUGCGACGGCAAGCAGAGGAAACUGUCUCCUCUUCGCCUUUCCAUCUCCAACAACCAGGAUCCUGAGUUAUAUGAGGAUCUUGAAGACAAAACCUCCGUUAGCAAUGAAGUAGAGAUGGAGUCAGAGGAGCAGAUUGCAGAGAGGAAGAGGAAGAUGGCCUGCCCAGCGGAGCAGUCCCAUCUCCAUGUCGGGGCGGCUUCCAGCUCGAAGGGACUGAAACAAAAGGAGACUCGAGAGGAGAGGAAGAUGGAGGCCAUCCUGCAAGCCUUCGCCCGCAUGGAGAAGCGAGAGAAGCGCAGGGAGCAAGCCCUGGAGAGGAUCGGGAGCGGCAAGACAGAGCUGGGGUGUCGCAGUGACAUCAAGGAGGAGCCUCCAGCGACACCGGAGAUGGCAGAUUCUCCAACUUUAAUGCAGCCGCUUCUGGAGGUGAAAGAGGAGCCUGGAUUAAAGCCAGCUAAGGUCAAAGGGUCAAGGAACAGAAAGAGUUUCUCAAGGAAUCGCACGCACAUCGGCCAACAGCGCCGGCGAGCUCGCACCAUCAGCGCCUGUUCAGAUUUGCCGCCCGGCUCUCCGAUAGAGUCCAUGGAGCCCCUGACCAACGACGCCUCCGAAGGAGAGAUGCUCACUGCACCCGAGCCUGAGGCCAUCUCAGCCCAAGCACCGGACUCCAGCCCCCCACACAGCAGCUCACCUGCACCUGACAGAAACCGCACCGGCAGCAAGACCUUCAAAACUAAAAAGCACUUUGUGAGUGAGUGGGUGGGAGAGAAGCAGCCGGAUCGUGGCGGGGUAAGAACACCGGAGCCGGUCCCCGAGAGGCCGCUGAGAAUAAGCAGUGAUCCCGAAGUACUCGCCACGCAGCUGAACGCGCUCCCCGGGAUGGCCUGCUCGCCACAGGUGUACAGCACGCCCAAACACUACGUCCGCUUUUCAUCGCCGUUCCUGGCAAACCGCAGCCCAACAACUCCUGGAGUCCCCACUGGUAGACGGCGAUCCAGAGAGCUGCCAGAAACGCCGCCGACCACCGGCUCCUGCAAGAAGCGAUGGUUGAAGCAGGCUCUAGAGGAGGAGGGAUCCACCAGCCCAGCCAGGCGGCCGUGCCUCCUCAUGCCCUACGAGGGUCCUCUCAGCCCCUCCAUUAACGGAGACUCUGACAGCCCCCUACCUUACAACGGCACCUGCUCGCUACCAGAGUUGCCCACACCUUUGAAAAAGCGGCGGUUGAGUCCGUUAGACGCCUGUUUGUCCGAGAGCUCGACGCCCUACGGCUCCCCUUGUGCCACACCGACCAGAGCCGAGCAAUCGGAAACACCUGCAACCCCCAUCUUAUUGGCUACCCCGCCGCGUCCCCGAAUAGAGGAGCCCAGUACAGAGACCCUUCCCAGCACCCCAACGCAGGCACUUAUUGCCCCUCAGGAGAGUGAAUCUUCAGCAGAGAGCUCCCCAGAGGUCAGCCGGAAACCCAGCGUACAAGAGGCUGAUCGUCCUCCUUCGUUGGCCUCCUCUCCCUGCGUCCGAGCUCCCAUUUCAGACGGACUUCCGACAGAAGCCAAGCCUUCAGCUCCUGAGAGUCCGCAGCCUCCAGCCGCUGAGGCUGUGGAGCUGGGAGAGGACCAUGCAGACGGCGGGGUCGUAGAAGGGAGUAGCGAGCCUCCCUCCAGCGCAGAAACUUGUGCUUCCUCUUUUCCUGGCUGGAUUAAAAGCCCCGACAGAGGCCCGACUGGACCAGCUGGCCUGAACUUCUCUCCAGUCAACUCAAACUUACGGGACCUCACCCCCUCACACACUCUGGAGCCUCUGACGGCUCCUUUCAGGCCUGAAGCUGCAGCUGGGGCUGUAGCAGGAUCCGCAGCAGUGACGGGGACUCUGGUCGUCUCUCAAGCCCCCUACGUUGAAGGACAGGGGCCGCUCUUUUACCCCUGCUCGGAGGAAGGGGCUGCGCUCGGCUUCUCCCGCUCAAUGAGUGGGGACAGCAGCGGAGAGGCAGGAGGGUCGGCACAAAACCCUCCACAGAAGAAAAAGGUUUCCCUGCUAGAAUACAGGAAACGCCAGAGAGAGGCUCGCCGCAGUGGCUCAAAAACUGAGUGCAGCUCUCCCGUUUCCACCGUGCCGCCUCUGACCGUGGAAGCCUUCCCCAUUGCGAUAGAGCCCCCCAGUGAACCUCCCCCGCCCCCUGCACCCACAGCGCCCUGCGAUACCAACACCGCCACUGUAAAAGAGCAACCGACCAGCGAGGAGGCGGAGACAUCGGGAGAGAAAGGGGAGAGGGAUGGAGAAGGACAGUGGACGUCGUCAACUUCUGUAGAGCAGGCCCGAGAACGCAGCUACCACAGAGCUCUGCUCCUCAGCAAAGACAAAGACACAGACGGUGAAGCGGAGGGUGAAGAUACACCUGGAAUAAGAGAUUGCCCAUCUCCAAGUCUUCAAAAGACCCCCACCCACACACCGUGCUCUCCUGGACCUCCUGCCCGACCAGCGAAGGAGGAAGACGCAGACAGUCAGCCUCGGACGCCGAACCCCACGAGCCAGCCGCCGAGCAAGCCCGCAGGACCCAAACCGGCUCCUCUGACUCCAACCAAGCUGCUUCCCACCCCGUUACCUUCCUCUCCGGUCCACUACCCCGGACCCUCCCUGCUGCACUCCCCCAAACCUCAGCCGCAGGGCUCCCCCUACCGCAGCCAGAGGGCGCUGUUCUCCUCUCAGCCUCCAAACCAACCCCAGCAGCAGGCACAGACGGGCCCUGCUGCUUUCCCCCAGUACAACGCCCAAAGUGCUCCUCCCCCACCUCCCCCUCCUCCCCCAGCACCACCAGUCUCAGCAGCUUACUUCCCCAACCAGAGCCCCUCACCUGCCGGACCUUUCCCUGGUUUUAAACCCACGGUCAACCCCUCUUACCCUCCUGGUUCUCAGCCCAUGCUGCAGACUCUGUCCCACAGCGUCCACUUUCAGAACUCGGCUGCUCCUCCACCACCUCCUCCCCCGCCCCCCCACCCGAUGCCCGGCCCCACCCUCCUCCACUUGCAGCCUCCCAUCCAGCAGCACCAGCUCAUGCUGUCCACAGCUCCUCCUCCGCCUCCUCCUCCACAGGGCCCGGCCUCCCAAGCGCAGCAGCAGCAGCAGCAGCAGCCGCCUCCUGGUGGCAGCACCUUGCUCUCACUCACCCCUCCUCCACCUCCUCCCCCCCCUCCGCCUGCCCCCUCGUCUAAUGCCCCGAUGCAGCCCCUCCACUUUCAGAACUUAGCGGGUUUUCAGCCCGCGUUGCUGCACCCGGGCGCUGCUGCCAACCCUUCAGUGCCCCCAUCCUCGUACCCCCCGCCCCUCCAGCAGACAGGACUGCCUCCACCUCCCCCUCCACCCCCCCAACAGACUCAACAAGGCCAGGCUCAGGCCGCCGCCUCCCAGAUGCCUUCUGGGACUCGUGGAGCCCCUGCGUCCUCGACCCCUUUCCACAGCUCAGGGUACCUGAGCACAGGGUGGCACUGACCCCCCCUCCCUCCCACAUCCGCCCCCGAGAACUCUACCUGAGGGGGGCGCUGUACCAUAAGCUGUAGAUAUGUUUUCUAUUUACCUGAACAUACGGCCAGUGGAAAAACAGCGGAUUGUGGGUGAAAAGGAUGCUUUUUAAAAAACAAGAAAAACAUGGACAGAAAAAUUUUAGAGAAAUGGACAUUAAAUAAUCUUCAAGAUAAACUGUAAAAAAAAAGUGAAGAUGGACGAUCGCCCCGGUGCUCAUAGCUCCCUCUCUCUGGCCUCUGUUUGUUUUUAUAUAACCUCCCUGUUAUUGAGAGAAAGCUCUCUGUUCUGUGUCUUGUUUGGACUCCCAUUGUAAGGCCCCGCACUUUGUUAAUCAAUGGACAUUCCAGCCUUUACCCCCCCCCCCUCCUCGGCUCCCCCUUCUUCCUCCUCUUUCCUAUGUCGGUUAUUCCUUUUAACUUCCUCUUCUCUCUCGUCUGUUGUCGGCUCUCUACACCGUUUUAUUUGUUUUAAUCUAGUGGCUCGUUAUAGCAAAAGAAGAAAGCUUUUUGUAUAGAGAAAAAAAAACACACAAUUAUUUUUUUUAUUACUCUAACAACAAAUAUCUGUUCACCGCUGCAGAUUCAGAAAAAGACCCCGUUUCUCGGAGCCUGCCUCACCGACCUGGGAGGCUGCACUCGUGUGUGUGUGUGUGUGUGUGUAUGCGUGUGUGUGAAUGUGUGUUUGUGCGUGUGUAUGUUAGGGUUUGGAGGAGAAUGGCUGCUUGGAGGAGGUUUGAGAUGUCGUGUAACGAGUGCUCGUAGUCCUCCAAGGUAGGCAGAGUGGUCUAGCCCGCAGGUAGGACGUUAGCGGUUUAUUUUUGAAUAUCAAUGGUUAUUUGUAGAAAGUGUAAUUUAAUGUAUAGGUGGUUACUCCAGCUUUCACCAGGAACAGUUUGUAAAUAUUCGCUUCUUUUCUUUUCUAUGCUUGUACAAUUUGCUCCCAUCCCAUUUUGAAAUAUGGUUGUACAUAUGAACGCUCUUCUUGGCAAAACUGAAUGUUUCUGUGACUGUAGCAUUAUUUUUAUUUUCUCCCCGCCCCGCCCCACCCCACCCCCUCUCUCUCUGGACUCUUUAACUUCGUCUUUUUUUUUUAUUAUUUGUGUGUGUGAGUGUAUGUUUGUGUGGAGGGGAGAGACUCACAGACACUGCACUGGUUGGCUAUUUUCAUGGUUCAUUAUAAUAAAUCACUGUAAUGACAGUUUUAUACAACUUG